CGCACUUUUAAGUUCUCACUAACCACAGUUAAGCCACAUUUGGCCAUCUGAUAGUUGAGAUGCCAGGCAUUAUGUUAUGUAAAUCUGGGUUCAAACCAAGUACCAGAAGCACUGAGAAAAAGCAUAAACCCACUUAUUUCGUGGCUUCUAUGACAGCGUGCUGACAACAGCCUUCCUGCACCUGCCUAAACUAAUGACUUACAGUGUAUUACUUACAUUAAACAUAGCGCCCCGCGAUUCGCCUUGUCUCGAGUUUCCAGCGGCCGCCUCUCUCUCACCUAAAUCCACCUACCUACCUAGAACAACCUUACUCCUUCAUCAUUUCCCAUCAACGCCGGAAGGGAAAAAACAAUCAUUUCAUUGCUUUCGCUUAUUCUAUCACUAGCCGCGACGUACCUCUGUAUUACAAAGAGCGUCUAAACGAAAGGCAAAAGAAAAAAAGAUGGCCGCCAACACCAAAUACACGCCGGCGCCCACGCAGGACCCCGACGCAGGAACCUGGUCGCAUGCUCCCCCGUCGUACCAAGAGACGGGAUUGAAUAGCAAUAGCGCACCGGCGGGACUGUUUAGCGACGUCCCACGCAGCAGCGAGGACAACAUCCCCGACGACUUCAAGUUCGGCGGGUCCGUCGCCGAAGCCACCAUCGACAUCCGCAACCAGUUCAUCCGCAAGGUAUACACCAUCCUCACGGUGCAGCUCAUCGCCACCGGCGUCGUCAGCGGCAUCAGCUUCUGGAACGAUGGCUACAGGCAUUGGAUCCAGUCGCACCCGGCUCUCGUCUGGGCAUCGCUCUUCGGUUCCAUCAUAUUCAUGGUCCUAACCUACUGGAAGCGCAAGUCCUACCCGACCAACCUGCUCUUCCUCUCCGGAUUCACGCUCUUCGAAGCCUACACCAUCUCGGUGAUCGUGUCCUUCUACAAGACGCAGAUCGUGCUCAACGCCGUGAUCCUCACCGGCGGCAUCUUCGUCUUCCUGACCCUGUUCGCCUGCCAGACCCGCUACGACUUCACCUCCUGGAUGCCGUACCUGUUCGGUGCCCUCUGGGGCCUCCUGCUCUUCGGCUUCAUGAUCGCCUUCUUCCCCGCCAGCAGCACCGGCGAGAUGAUCUACGGCGGCCUGGCCGCGCUCAUCUUCUCCGGCUACAUUCUCGUCGACACCCAGCUCGUCAUCCGCAAGCAUCACGUCGAGGAGGAGAUCGCCGCCGCCAUCAGCUUGUACCUGGACAUCAUCAACCUGUUCUUGGCCAUCCUGCGCAUCCUAAACAGCCAGAGUAACAAUUAGGCAAGUUAAGAAAAGAGGGUUCGUGAGAAAGGGCCCCGUUUAUGUCAUGUGGAGGUUUGAACGUGGAAUCGUCGGUUUCUUUCCACAAAAGGGAUGCAAAGGGAUACUUGGAUUAAAUUAGCUGUUUUGGGCGUUAUUGCGGAAUCCGUAUCUUUCUUUCUUUCUUUCUUUCUUUUCCUUGUGUCGUUGUACGAGUACGGAAUGGCGUAUUGGAAGGUAGCAACCUGAGCUUUCAUACCAUAAGGCCGAGUCGCUCAGAUAUUAGGAUUGGGUUUCGUUCCAUGCAGUAGUUACCUAAUAUAUCGGGGGUAGGUAGGCUCCUAAGCUAGCAAUAAACAUUCUUAUUCACAGCGUAUGCCUUUUAACUUUUCCAGCUACGAAAUUCUGGGGAGAAUCCUGAUAUCGAGUCAGAGUCACAGAGCGGUAAUAUGAUGCAGA